AUGGAGGACGACGAGGAGGACGUCGGCAUGGGCGGUGGCGGCGACCGCGACGAAGAGGAGGAGGAGGGCGCCGGCAACGGCACUGUCGCCGUGGCGCGGUGCGCGGAGAUCCAGAGCGCCAUUUCGGUGCCAACUCAUUCCUUUUCACGCAAAUACAAGUACCUCGCCGCGUUCACGGCGAUCUUCGCCAUGGUGAUCUUCCUCUUCCUGGGCUCCGUUCACCGGUUCAGCACUGAGAGCCAGCCGUGCCAGUACACCAGCGGUCGCACCUGCAAGCCAGCGCUGGCAAACACGGUGUUCAGCUCCGUGGCCUUCCUCCUCGGCGCUGCCACCUCUGUGGUGUUCGGGUACCUCGGCAUGCGGAUUCCCACGUACGCGAACGCCAGGACCACCCUGGAAGCUCGGCGUGGUGUCGGCUUGGCCUUCUCCACAGCGUUCCGGUCUGGUGUCGUCAUGGGCUUCCUCCUGGCCUCCCUCGGGCAGCUCGUGCUCUACGUCACCGUAAAGGUGUUCGGAUUCUACUACGGCGACGACUGGGAGAGCCUAUAUGAGUCGAUCACAGGCUACGGCCUCGGUGGCUCGUCAAUGGCGCUGUUCGGGCGCGGCGGCGGCGGCAUCUACACCAAGGCGACCGACAUGGGCGCGGACCUCGUCGGGAAGGUGGAGCGCAACAUCCCCGAGGACGACCCGAGGAACCCUGUGGUGAUCGCGGACAACGUGGGCGACAACGUCGGCAACAUAGCCGGGAUGGGGCACCUGUUCUUCUGCGUGGCCAUUGGGCUUUGGGCCGGUCUCGCCAUCGGUUUCACCACCGAGUACUUCACCAGCAACGCCUACAGCCCGGUCCGGGACGUGGCCGACUCAUGCAGGACGAGCGCGGCGACCAACGUCAUCUUCGGGCUCGCCCUCGGGUACAAGUCCGUCAUCGUGCCCGUCUUCGCCAUCGUCGUGUCCAUCUACGUCGGCUUCACGCUGGCCUCCAUCUACGGCAUCGCGGUCGCCGCGCUCGGGAUGCUGAGCACGGUCGCCACGGGGCUGGCCAUCGACGCAUACGGCCCCAUCAGCGACAACGCUGGCGGGAUCGCUGAGAUGGCCGGCAUGAGCCGCAGGAUCCGGCAGAGAACCGACGCCGCCGGCAACACCAGGGCCGCCAUUGGCAAGGGCUUCGCCAUCGGAUCGGCCGCGCUGGUGUCGCUGGCGCUGUUCGGCGCGUUCGUGAGCCGCGCGGGGAUCGCGGACGUGAACGUGCUCAACCCGAAGGUGUUCGUCGGCCUUCUCUUCGUCACCAUCCCUGGGCUGAUGGAGGGCCGCGCCGCGCCGGACUACGCCCGCUGCGUCAGGAUCUCCACGGACGCGUCGCUCAAGGAGAUGAUGCCGCCCGGAGCGCUGGUGCUGCUCGCGCCGCUGGUCGCCGGCACCUUCUUCGGAGUUAGCACGCUCGCUGGACUGCUCGCCGGCGCACUGAUUUCCGGUGUCCAGAUUGCCAUAUCUGCUUCGAACAGUGGUGGAGCAUGGGACAAUGCCAAGAAAUAUAUAGAGAUGGAGUAA